UUGUCUGACCAACAUCCGAGUGUCUUCCUCGUAGUAUAAAACCACUCGCCAAUCCUUCAUUCUGGCAACAACAAAAAAACGAACAUUUUACUGCAGAUAUAUUUCACUACUAUUACAGGGUCGUUAGAGAGGGUUUUGUUUUAUUUACCCCAAACAAAAUCUAUUUUAUAAAUGGGCCCCGUCGUCCAAGCGUUAACUCCCUUACUCGUCUCGCAGAUUGACUUGGGUGCUAUUUAACAUCAGCACGUCUCUUGGGUAACAAACAAAAGAAAGGAUUUCUAUCUAACGCAAUAUUCAACCAGAUCUGAAGAAUGGCAGCGAUCAACGCAGGUGGUUCUCUUGUUGCUACCAACGACUACUACCGAAGGCGCAUCGGCUCCACCUCCAGCAGCAGCUCCUGUGGCAGUUCAGAGUACAGUGGGGAGGUCAUUCCACACCAUCCAGGUCUGCCCAAACAAGACUCUGGACAUUGGUGGUCCAGCUUCUUCUUUGGGAAGCAGAACCAGCCAGGAAUGACCACUCUGACGGAGGAGGCCAAGCAGAAGGCGGCGGCCAUGACUGUGACCAACGGCCAGGUGACCUGCGUUGCCAGGGAGAUGGUGAUGAAGAGGCAGGUCAGCGAAGCUGGGACGUCCGAGCCGGGGAGUCCCCCCCCGUCCUGAGAAACGGGACAAACGCUAGGAGACCGAGGCUGUGUCCUCAUUCCCUAAACCCUUGAUUCUGUUCCAUCCUCCACACUACAUAGAAUGUAUGCCUGUUACAUUGCUUCAUACUAGGUAGUAUGGAUAUUGGAACAUAGCCUUUUUUUUGUUGUCUUAGUAGGACAGGCUGACAAUGAUAGUUGUUCUUAUUUUGUAUCCCGUUUUUUAAAUCUAUGAACAAAAUAUAUAUAUAUAAAAAAAACUUUUUUACAUUUGUAUUUGUCUGUAACACGGUGGUGCCCUCCACUUUUGUUAACUUCUCCACUUUGUCACCCUGUGAUUGCAGAUGUCUAGUAAAAGUUGCCUCAGCCUAA